AUGAUUAAGCAUAUAGAGAUAGUAAAAUACUUGAUAUUACUCUAUUGUGCAUUUGGAGUCUCUCUGAAUACAGUUCAUUGCCAGGUAAUAACACCAAUUCUCAAUCCUGAGGGAGGACAGGGGUAUUCUUGUGGUUAUAACAAUUCAGUUUACAAUUGCGACGGGUAUACGGUCACACCCUGGAGUUCAUGGGGAACUUGCUCUAGUUGUAAUGGAAUCAUUUCCAGGCAAAGAUCAGCUUCCGGGACCGUUCCACAAGGUGGGCCAGGGCUGAGCGAAAAUGUAAAAUGCCUAGAUAAUCAAUCUUGCGAAGCUUGUAGUUACACUAGCUGGUCUUCAUGGUCUGCAUGCUCAGACUCCUGUGAAACUGGAACGAAAUACAGAACACGCAGUAUUAGUUCAAAUAAUGAUUGUAGUGCCUCAGAAGAUGAGAUUAAAUUAUUCGAGCUCGCCAACUGUGGAAAUAACCCAUGUAAUUGCGAUGAAACUAUUAGAGGACCUAAUGGAUUAUACUAUAGAGGCUGCCAAAAAUAUUCCAGAUCUGGUAUGAAAUGCUUGAAUUGGACUUCUCUAAAAAUUGACGCUUUUGAUUAUCUAGCAACUCUUGAAAAUUCCGGAAUUAGCAAUCAUUCUUUUUGUAGAAAUCCUAUUUCUAACAAUACUUUGAUCCCAACAAUUUGGUGUUACGUAAGUAUGUCUCCUCUAACUCCACAACUUUGUGAUCCUAUUCCAACUGAUUGCGUUGUUACAGAGUGGGGGGCAUGGUCUUCCUGUUCUUCUACUUGUGAAGAAGGCAAGGUAACUCGCACGAGGACCAUCGUUCAGGAAUCCCUUCAUGGCGGAGCGGAAUGCCCAGAAGAUUUGGAACAGGUCCAGGAUUGCUCAGUGGAUGUUAUUUGCCCAGUUGAUUGUGUAUUGGGAUCAUGGAGUUAUUGGUCAUCUUGUAGUGUGGAUUGCGGAAAAGGUAAUUCUACUCGAUCUAGAAGUAUAAUAACACGCCCAAAAGGUAAGGGAGCAGUCUGCCAAGAGUAUUCACAAACUAAAUCAUGUGAUGGAGAAAGUUGUCUAAGCUUCUGGGAGAAAAACAAGUAUUCAAUUAUUAGUUUUGCAGUAUUGGGACUUGUCUUAAUUUCAUCAAUUAUUUAUAUUUUAAUUCCAAACAACAGAGCUUUGUAG